AUGCCGCGCGCGCGCGCCCCGCGCCCCGAGGGCCGCCCAAGGCCGGCGAAGCGGCGCAAGCUCGGCGAGCCGGCGAGCCGCUCGGACGUGGACGCAGAUGCGGACGUCGCGGCGGGCUUUGCGGAGGACGAGGCUGAGGCUGACGGAGAGGCGGAGACGGAGUCGCGCGCGCGGGACCUUGUUCUCGAGACGUCGUGCGAGCGGUUCCUCGUUGCGGCGUGUGUGCCGGGCGGCGCGGAGAAGGAAAAGGAGAAGGAGAACGCAGGCGCGGGGAAGAGCGCACGGCGGCGGUGGACGAUAUCGUUGAUCGCGGACGGGCCGGCGGAGCCUGCAGCCGCGGCCCCGCCGCGGCCACCGCCGCGUCCUCCUUCGCCUCCUUCGACCAUUCGGACGCUCACCACCGGCGAAUCAGAGAACGUCAACGAGAAAGAGAACGAGAAGGCGAUGGCGGUGGAUCUGGAGACCUCGCCGUUGCCGGAGCCGUCGACGAACAGCGCCCCGGGCGCGACGCCGCUCUCCGAUCCGUCCGUCGCGCAGCCGUCCGAGCAUGUGGCUGCUGGCACGGACGGGGCGCGCUCGCCGUCCCGACCCCCGCCUGACGCGUCCUCCUCGGCUGAGACGGCUCCGGCGUCUCUCACGCUCACCAAAAAUACUCUCGAGCGGCAGCCGCGGUCGCAGUCGCCAUCGCUAUCGUCGUCGAUGCCGCCGCCUCCGCCGCCUCCAAUCCAGCCCGCUCCAGCUUCCGAGCCAAAGCAAAACACGCAGGUCCUGCACGUGUUGCAGCGUGACCUGGACGAGUCGAAUAUCGAGUUUGACAAGGCCGAGGUGCGGAUCCUUGGCGACGUGGGCGCAGACGGGAUGCGUAGGGGUUGGGCGAUUGAAGUGCGAAGGUGGCGGUGGGCGUGAUAGCCGUCGAAUUUUGGACUUUCUAGAGCUCAGAACGGUGUCCAGGGCAAAAUUGGGUCUUACUCUGUCUUGUUUACGAUUAUCGCAGUGUAUUUAUUUCAUGAAAUUGGCAUCGUUGACUGUUUCUCGUGUUGACUCAA